GAUGGUACAAAAUUGCCAUGUAACUUGCAAGCGAACUUUCAGGAAAAAACAUUAUGCAUAUCAUGUCAUCAAAAGGUGAGGAUGAUAAAUUUUAGCGAUAUCAGAUCUUUACUAUAUGGAGAAGAACAACUAAAACGUGUAGAAACGCAAGCAAAUUUAAUAAACGACAAUUGUUGUUUAGCUUUACACUUAGAUGAUAGUGGGAAUUGUAUUCCUAUUAAAUUUGGAUCUGUGAAGGAAAAAAAUCUGUUCAUUUUUAUUAUGAAAGAUUAUAAAAAAAAUUCGUAG